AUGGCUUCUGUGUCAUCUGAAGGCUGGGAGUCUGUCGUGGCCCACAAUACUCCUGAGAUCGAUGGUGCUCUUCUCAUGGCCUUGCUGGAAGAAUCUCAGGCCGAAGAGACCGAGGAUGAUCGGCUAGGAUGCGUGAUGCGAUCUCUAGAAGCUGAGAUUGAUGCCAACGUGAUCGACGGCAGUGGUACUGGCCCAGUGCAAUUGAAUUAUGAUGAUUGCAUGGAUUAUGGAUUGGACAGUACUGGAUUGGAGAACGGUGUGGAUUGCUCGAUGGCCAUGUGUCGCAUCGACGACCCGUUUGAUUGGGUGGACAUGGGCAUGGUGUCUGGCCCACACUGUGAUGGCAUGGACCACUGGUACUUGGACACGUGUACGGAUGAAGUUGGAAUGGUUGAAUUUGGAGAUUAUUCUGGUGACUUUAGAGACUUAAAUUGUGGUAAGUCGCUUCACUCAGUUUUUAUAAAAGAUGGGUAUGAUCGAGAUGUUUUUAUACAGAACAAUGUCCUCCGAAUGUAUGCGAAUUGUGGGGAUUUGGUUGGUGCUUGCCUUUUGUUUAACGAAAUGUUAGAACCUAAUUUGGUUUCUUGGAUGAGGUUGCGGCCGAAUGAUUUUGGGUUGUCAUCAGCGCUCAAGGCGUACGGAAUUAAGGGUGAAUUGGUGGCGGAAAAGGGUCUGGAUUUUUCUAUGCAGUUCAUUUCGGAAGGUUAUAAACUCGACCUGUUUACACUUACGAGCCUAUUCAAUUCGUGUUCGGAUUUAGAGAUUCCAGCACUUGGUCUACAAGUACAUUGUUGUUUUGUGAAAUCUGGAUUUGUGCUGGAUUCAUCUGUGGGAAGUGCUAUCAUUGAGAUGUAUGUUACUUUCGGAAUGAAAGCUGAUGCUUAUAAAGGAUUCCUCGAUGUUGGAGAUAAGAAUGAAAUAUGCUUCACUGCCAUGAUUUCUGGUUUUAUUUUAGAUUCCAAUGUCGUAAAAUUAUUUUCGAAGAUGAGGAAACUAGGAUUGAUGCCAAAACAUUCCACCCUAAACUAUGUUCUUGGGGCUUACACUGAUCUUGAUAUGUUGGAAGAAGCCAAAGUCAUUCAUUCACACAUCAUGAAAGCCUUCGGGGAAUCCGAUCUAUGCCUAGGAAAUUCUCUCAUCGAGAUGUAUGCAAAAUGUAAAGGAGUUGAUGAAGCUGCUAUGGUGUUCAAAGAAAUGGAUAUGCAUAAUGAGUUUUCAUGGACAGCCAUAAUAUCUCGGUACAUCGAAUCGAAGAGGUACAUGGAAGGAUUGGAGUUGUUUUGUGAUAUGCACUCCUCCACGUUGACAAAACCGAGUCAAUUUACUACUGUUGCCGUUCUUCAGGCUUGUUCAGGACUAGCAACACUUGAUCAAGAAAGACAGACCCAUGCCUAUGUCAUAAAAUCAGGAUUUCAGUCUAACGCCUUCAUUGGAAGUGCGCUGAUAGACAUGUAUGCAAAGUGUAGUAGUGUAAAUGAUGCUUUCCGAGCAUUCUCAAACAUGGGCAAACAAGAUCUUUUCACAUGGAGCAACAUGAUGGCAUCGUAUGCACAACAUGGGCAUGGUGAAGAAGCUCUGAAGCUUCUCUCAGAAUUUCAAGAUAGGUCAUCAAUUCUUGUCAAUGAUUCCAUCUUGUCUAGUUGCCUAUCAGCUUGCGCUAGCUUGGUAGCAUUGGACAUGGGCAAACAAAUUCAUGCCAGAACCAUCAAAACUGGAUUCGAAUCUCAUUUACAUGUCAGUUGUGGCAUCAUCGACAUGUGUUGUAAAUGUGGAAGCAUUGAAGACGCACGCAAGUUUUUUUAUAAGAUCGGGGGACAUAAUGUGGUGUCCUGGAAACAAUGGUUUCCGAAUAUGCCUAUCACGGGCUCAGAAAGGACACUCUUGAGCUGUUCGACAAGAUGA